CUGGGGACUUCUCUCGAGGAAAAGUGGUCCGGUGAGAGAGAAUUGGUGCCGCCGCCGAUUGAUCUUGGGCCCGAAAUCCUGCUCCAUCAUGCAUCUUCCUGGCCGUUAAGACCCAUCAACCGUUGAUAUCACAACUCACGCCAGGUUGGUCCAACAUAGGGGAGCCCUCGGAGUUCGUCCAGCUAGAAGACCAUCUGGGCACUCUUCUGACACCAGUCUCUCCCUUUUUACCACACACCGUCAGGUGCCUUCUUCUCGCAGCGGGGUGUGCUUCUUCUUACCUGGGUAGUUGCCCAUCGCCAGUCUGCUGUCUCCCAGCCAGACCACAACGCUUUUUCCUCGUCUUCUGUUGGACCUGCAGCGCCUUGCCUCACCCACUCACUCUUUUCUAAUUCUUGCCAACUAUUUCGCCCCUCAUUUUUACCGCCCAAUUACCCAGUCCACAAUGUUGGCUCCAACAAAGGGCUUGCUCGCCCUCGGCCUGCUUGUCCUCUCCACAUCCUGUGCAGAACAUGGCAGCAGGCAAGAUGAUGGUUAUAUCGGCUACCGCCUCGACCAGCGUGGCGACCCGGAGGCGGCAGUCUACGAGACAGCCAACACCAAUACCGACGCAGACUACGUGCUGCCAGAAGACCCCGAUGUUUAUCUGAAUGCAUCAGUCUACGUGGGCGAGAUUGAUAUCGAGGUCGACAACAUAACCGCAAAGGUCAACCUGCAAGCCGACGUCCUGAAACUGCUUCACUUCAGCGCCGGCGUCGACGCCUCCAUCGAUAGGGUCAAGCUCACAAUCCAGAACAUAAGCGCCAAGGUUGAGCUUGAAGCCCGUUUAGAGAAUGUCGUUCAAAUGGUCGGGGACGUGCUAGAUUCCCUCGAUCUGAAUCCAAUCAUAGCGACUUUGGGAAAUGAUUUAGGAAAGAUUGUCAACGGCACUGUUGGUGACCUGACAUCUGGAGACUACGGCGGCAAAGAGAAGAGGGGCUUCGCCAUGGACGAAGGUAUCCUGUACAGCAUCAACGACUAUACAGGCAACACACAUACCAACCGCGUGCUGGCUCAGAAUGGAAACCUGCUCGACGUGAAGCUGGAAAACGACGGCGACGAGACGGGCCGCACAGUGGUAGGAUACUACGAGCAAGACAUGACCUUCACCGGGCACAACAAGACGAUCAGCAUCGACGGAGAGGUUAAGGAGUUUGAGUUGCAGUACAUGUACACCCCCUUCCCAGGCAUAGAGAGUGUUUGUUGGAUCUAUGUGAGCCCGACGGGUAAGGUGACGCGGACCCAGGUCAUCGCGGAGACCUUUGGCGGUGGAGGUAGCACCAUCAGUGACGACGGUGUUGACGACCUAUGAGAUUAGACUAAAGGAGUUAGGACCUCAGGGUGAAAUAGGAGUAUCCUUUCGCAACGAGCAGCUGUGGGUACCUAGGUACUCAAGCCAACACCAUUGUGAGAAUACAAGGUUUUUCUCACAACUCGACCCCUGCUGGGCGACGAUACCGAGUUUCUCCUUCAUUAAUAGCCACGCUUGCUAUCACGACUUCAAGGUGUGAUCAAUCAGUCAAUCCCACAGCUAUGCGCCAUGGCAGCUGUCAAUGUAAC